GCACCCAAAGGAGGUCUUAUCAAAACUAUGUCAAUGAUAAAAUCAUCCGAAUAAUAUAGACGCUGUGAACGAUAAAGCUUUUGAUUUUCAAACCAAUCUUGCCCUUUCUUUCACGGCCUGCUUAAAAAACACAGCUCUUACUAGGCCAGGCAUCGGAUUAGACAGAAUUUUAUAGAGAUUUUCGUCUUGGCUAACAAGGUUUGUAAACAUUCUCCGCAUUUUUAAAUGUCUCAAUUUUUUCCUUAUCUAGUUCCCAGAUAGCUUAUCGGUUGACAAGCGGAAUUCGCCCGGGGAAAGCAAAGGAAUUUAUGACAGAGGUAUUCAUUAUGAGUCAGCUAUCCGAGAUGAGAAUCCUCCGGCAAGCAAUAGACCACCAGGAUGUUGCACGCCCGAAUUGCACCUUGGAUUUGACAAUGCAACCGCUGACUUAGUACACGACAAACAUGACGUACGCCGUGCCCAGUCCCGUAUAGCCGACAUUGCCGACGCGCCGUGCAGCAACUUUGCAAACGUGAACGUUGAAGUCGUGCAAUUUAAGAGUGCAAAAUAUGCAAAGGUAACCGAUGCAAUCACCAUUUCCGUUUGGGUUAACUUGCAAACCACCUCUGGCAUUCAACCGAUUCUUCUCAUAAAAGGGCAAACUGGUGAACUUCGAUUUGAGAUUGCUCAAGGUCAUGUGACGUGGUUAUACUUUGAAACGAGUCCGCCACGAGCGACUUUUGCACUGUUAAGCCCAAACCCAGUUGUAGCACCCCAUAUGUGGACACAUAUUGUGGCGCAAUAUGACGCACGCAGAAACCGAGCCUCAGUGUUUAUUAAUGGAAAGGAAAUAUUGCAAGGCGAGUCCAAUGGUGAACGUCUGGAGGUAGCGUGGAGUGAGUUUACUACUAUUGGCAAAUACUCAAUCAACGAGGCGUUGGAGUUUAAACUCUCAGGAUACAUUGACGAGUUUUACAUUUACUAUUGUGCCCUUUCAGAGACUGUUAUUCAAAAACUCCACCAGAUGUGUCAUAUUGAUAGUCAAUGUGCUCCCAUAAGACCAGAUGGCUUUUGUAGCCCAGACGAGCAACCCUAUGCAGUUCAGGAACGCUGUGUGUCGUGCUACUGUAUGGGACGCUCACAAAAUUGCAGCAGUGCAAACUUGUACCGAGACAGGCUUGAAAUACAACUCAAAAAUGAGAGCACCCGUCCCAUUAUGCAUUUGGUUGAUGUGAAUGGAUCUGAUGUGCCCGGUAUUACCUACACUGCUGACCACUUGAACAAUGCGCUUGUGGCACAUAACAUGUCUAAAGGAAACCAGUAUUACUGGACCCUGCCAAAGGAACUUUUAGGAAACAAGCUAUCAAGUUAUGGUGGAAAGCUCCGCUACACUGUCAAGUACCACGGUGGUAACAGGAUAACGGAUCGUUCUGUAAAGAAUCCAUCCAGAUACCUUAGAAGUUUACGUGAAAUACUGAACAGCAGGGGUUUUGUAGCUAAUUAUAACAUUGACAAUGUCCGCGACGAAGAGACAGGUGACAUUGAUGCAUCUGGAAUUGAUGAUCCGUCCUUGGGCGAUUCGGACGAAGUGACUUCUGCUCCCAAUACGCCGUCUACAAAUAGUCGUGUUGUAGAGCUGGCUGCCAGUUCCGCAUCUGUUUCCACAGAAGUUAACAAGGAAAUAUUUGGAUCUAAGGUAGAGUCUGAGCAAACUGCAUUCCAGGUUAAUAACUUUAAACAUUCUAACAAAAGCCCUACAACUCCAAUUCACACUGUGUUCUCCACUAGCAAAAAACCGGGGACACCACACCAGCCGACUGGUAAAGCAAUUUUUACAACUGGAAAGAUCGGUAGUAUGACUACUGCAAGCCCCGACGAAGACAUCGAACUAGUUAUUGAUCAAGAUAAACACACUGGGAGAGUUCCGAGUACAGCUAGUGCCAAACCAGAACACCUAACAACUGCUGCAACGACAGCGACAGCAACGACAACGAUACCAGUUGUGUUUUCCACAGCAAAGGAUGCAUUUACCAACGGCAAGGGUGAUACAACAACUUUCCUGCUAUCUCCAGGCUCGAGUGCUGACGGGCCUACUUCAGAGACAACAUCAACGAUACCAGAUGCGUCCUUUACAGCGCCGGAUGCAUUCACUGACGGUCAAGAUGAAGAAGCCAGAUUUGUGUCUUCUUCAGCCUACAGUACUGAUAGCCCUGAAUCGGUAGCAAUGACAACAAUACCUGAGAGAUCUUCCUUUAUAUGGGAUGAAUCUACUGAUGGUCAAGAUGAAACAAACAUAGCCUACACUACGGACACCCUUAUUUUGAAAACGGUACAGGUGCCAGAUACGUUUCAGCCAACACCGAAUACAUUUACUGACGGCCAAGAUGAGGCAACCACAUUUCAGCCUACCUCAGCCUACAGUACAAUACCAGUUGCAUCAAUGGAUAGUCAAGAUGAAACAACCACUUCUGAGCCCUCUUCUGCCUACAGCACUCAGAAGCCUAUUUCAGACGCAGUAGCAACAAUACCAGAUACGAAUUACGGGACCACCGAUACCGAUGGUCACUACGCCACAACCACUUUCGCGCCUUCUUCAGUUUACACUACUGAAAGGCCUCCAGAAACAGUAACAACAAUACCAGAUUUGUUGUACACUACAAGAGGUACAGCGGCUAAUGCUCAGGAUAAAACGCCCUUUGCUGAGCCUUCUUCAGCCCACGGCACUGACAAGCCUACUUCUGAUCCAGUAUCAACAAUACCAGACACUUUCCCCGCAACAACGGAUUCAGCAACCGAUGGUGAAGAUGAAACAACGAUUACUCAGCCGUCUUCAGCACAACCCACUAAUAGAACUGCUUCAGACGCAGUAACAACAAUACCGGUCACAUACUACACGACAACGGAUACAUCGACCGAUGGUGAAGAUGCGGCAGCCACUUUUGUGCCCUCUUCAGUCUUCAGCACUGACCUCCCUACUUCGGACACGGAGACAACAGUGCCAGACAAAGUUUUUACAACAACAGACACAUCGAUCAUCGUUGGCCGAGAUGAAACAACCACUACUGAGCUUCUUUCGGCCUACCGCACUGAAACAUCAACCUUUCCAACAAGGACAACAAUACCAGAUACAUUGCAUUCAACAACGGAUGCAUUCAUUGACAAUCAAGUUGAAACAACCCCUACUGAGUAUCCUUCAGUCUACAGUAGUGAAAAGCUAACAUCGGAAACGGUGACAACAAUACUAGAUACGUUUCACACGACGAUGGAAGCAUCAACCAAUGAUGAAGAUGAAAAGACCACGUUUUCGCCAUCUCCAGCCUACAGUACUGAGAGGCCUACUUCGGAGUUAGUGACAUCGGUACCAGCUACAUCUUUUCCUGUGAGUUCUUCAACUGAUGGUCGAGAUAAAAUGUCAACUAGUGAGUCUCGAUCAGUCUACAGCACGGACAAGCCAACUAUUCCAACAGGAACAACAAUACCAGAUAUGCCUCGCACAACGAAGGACGCAUUCACUGACGGGCAAGAAGAAACAACCACUGCUGAUCAUUCUUCAGUCUACAGCAGCGAAAAGCUUACUUCGGAAACAUUGACAGCAAUACCUGAAACGUUUCACACGACAACGGAAGCAUCGACCGAUGAUCAAGACGAGAAAACCACCUUUGCGCCAUCUUCAGCCCACAGUACUGAAGGGGCUACUUCGGAGAAAGUGACAUCGGUGUCAGCCUCAUCUUCUCCUGUGAGUUCGUCGACUGAUGGUCGAGAUGACACACCUACUACUGGGCCUCUGCUAGCGUACAGCACACAAACACCAACUUUUCCACCAUGGACAACAAUACCAGGAACGUUUUACACAACAAAAGACGCAUUCACUGACGUACAAGAUGAAACAACCACUGCUGAGCCCUCUUCAGCCUACAGUACUUACGUACCAUUAUCUAGAACAGCGACAACAAUACCAAGCACACACACAAAAACAGACGCAUCGACCGAUGAUCAAGAUGAUAUAACCGCUACAGAGCCUCCGUCAGCCUACAGCACUGACAAGCCUGCUUCAGGAGCAGUAACAACAAAAUCAGCUACGUUGUACACAACAAAGGAUGCAUCGACCGAUGAUCAAGAUGAUACAACCGCUACAGAGCCUCCUUCAGCCUACAGCACUGACAAGCCUGCUUCAGGAGAAGUAACAACAAAAUCAGAAGCGUUGUACACAACAAAGGAUACAUCGACCAAUGAUCAAGAUGAUAUAACCGCUACAGAGCCUCCUUCAGCCUACAGCACUGACAAGCCUGCUUUAGGAGCAGUAACAACAAAAUCAGAUGCGUUGUACACAACAAAGGAUUCAUCGACCGAUGGUGAUGAUGAAAUAACUACUACAGAGCCUCCGUCAGCCUACAGCACUGACAAGCCUGCUUUAGGAGCAGUAACAACAAAAUCAGCUACGUUGUACACAACAAAGGAUACAUCGACCGAUGGUGAUGAUGAAACAACUACUACAGAGCCUCCUUCAGCCUACAGCACUGACAAGCCUGCUUCAGGAGCAGUAACAACAAAAUCAGCUACGUUGUACACAACAACGGAUACAUCGACCGAUGGUGAUCAUGAUGUAACUACUACAGAGCCUUUUCCAUCUUACAGCACUGAAAAGCCUCUUUCUGAAACAAUGACAACAGUGACAUAUGCGUCUUCUGCAGCAACCACCAGUGUGUCUUCGAGGUCGAGAAAAACGGUAACUUCAGAAGCAACUACACCAGAUGUAACAACAACAACUGCGGCUGUUACGCAAACCACAACAACGCCAUCUCCCACACCUGGUCAGGUCAUAGAAGCCGUUCGAUUGGUGGGAAAACAGGGGACCUUGGUAUUUUAUCGUGAAGAACCGCCAAGUACUAAGGGUUAUCAAACAUCAAUGGAGGUCUCUCUCACAGAGGCAAAAUGGCGUUCAUCUAACGGAGAGCCAGCUUCAAGGGACACUUUCAUGAGUGUGUUAUCGGACGUCCAGGCCAUCUAUGUAAGGGCCUCGCAUGGUGAUGGACCCAGUGCCACUUCAUUAAGCAUUAAAGACAUUUCCCUUGACGUGGCAUCCCCACACAACAUAGGCUUUGGAAAGGCCUUGUUAGUGGAACAGUGUGAAUGCCCUGUGGGCUAUAGUGGACUAUCUUGUGAGUACUGUUCCCCAGGCUACACUCGGUCAAGUGAUGGACCUGAUUGUAUAAAGUGCUCGUGCAAUGAACAUUCCAACAUUUGUGACCAGGAGAACGGCACUUGUCUCGACUGCCAUCACAACACCGAGGGUUUACAUUGUGACAGGUGUCAAUCAGGUUACUUUGGAAACGCCUUGGAGGGUACCCCAACUGACUGCCAACCGUGUCCAUGUCCGCUGACCAUACCGCCAAAUCAAUUUAGCCGAACGUGUUUUCUUGAGGAUGACGGUCUUCCAACAUGUGAUGCGUGCCCUGAAGGAUACGCCGGACGAAACUGUGAGCUCUGUUCGGUGAACUUCACUGGAAAUCCCAUGAUACACCAUUCUAAAUGUGAACUAGCGACUGAAGUACCAGUUUCAGGACUAAAAACUUGUGAUUCCCGCGGCAGCUUGAACCUUAAGGCGGACAACGGAGCAGAGAAAUGUUUGUGCAAGCCCAAUGUUGGUGGUGUGAGUUGUGGUACAUGUAAACCAGGAUUUUUCAAUCUCCAAGCUGACAAUCCUCAGGGUUGUACACCAUGUUUCUGUAAUGGAGUUUCUGACAGCUGCCAGAGUGCUCUGCUCAACAGGACACAGAUUCGAUCUACCUUCUCUGUCAAUGAGCUGUUGAAUUUCUCACUUGUCACAUCAGAGCUCAGUCCAGUAAAUUCUUCGGAUCUCUUCGUUAAUCCACUGACCAAAGACCUGACGUUUCAGUCAUUUGUGGUGGAGGACGUUCAAAACAAGAUCUUAUACUGGAAGUUGCCACAAGAAUACACUGGAAACAAGGUUACGUCAUAUGGCGGUAUUCUAAGCCACGUGAUUUCGUUUGUCGCCAGUUCUGACGGGCAGUCAAUACGCGCGCCAGAUAUCAUCUUGGUUGGAAAAGACAUCUCUAUUUACCACUUUAAAGAAACUCCUGCAGACAGUAGCGAGGAAAACGCUUACCAAGUCAAGCUUUACGAGCUCUCUUGGACUGGCAGCGACGGUCAAGAAAUUUCUCGUGACCAAUUUAUUAUGGCACUGCAUCAGAUCGAGGCACUUUUGAUCAAGGCCUCCUACGAUACCCGGAUGUUACAAACAACUCUUCGUGAAGUUUCCAUGGACAUUGCAAUUAAUGACGUAACGAAUCAGUCACGUGUUACUUCGGUUGAGCAGUGUGCAUGUCCAUUAGAAUACAAGGGUUUGUCCUGUGAGUCUUGUAAACCAGGUUACUAUCGGUCACGUGUAGGACCAUACCUUGGGAAAUGUAUCAUGUGUGAUUGUCAUGGACAUUCACGUGAUAACUACUGUGAUCCUGAAACAGGAGAAUGCAAGAAUUGUCAACACAACACUGGAGGGUUUCGAUGUCAAAACUGCCUGACUGGUUUCUAUGGAAACGCUGCAAUUGGAAAACCGUCGGAUUGCAAGCCAUGUCCUUGCCCUAUGACAUCUCCACCGAACAGGUUUAGUCCCACAUGUUUCUUGGGAGAGGAUGGUCAACCGACAUGUGAUGCAUGCCCGCCAGGGUAUGGCGGCAGGAGGUGUGACAGAUGCGUUCAGCCUUAUGUUGGAAAUCCGACAGAGUCGGGUGGGAACUGCAAACUGGAAGUUGAUUGCGGAUGUGAUGUUCGCGGUAGCGUCAACAAAUCGUGUGAUCCUGUAACCAGGCAAUGCUUUUGUAAGAAACACGUGGAAGGCAGGAAAUGCGACAAGUGUAAGCGAUCCUUCUUCAACUUGCAGUCGGACGAGCCUGAGGGGUGUGUACCGUGCUUCUGCUUCGGGUUGACGAGUGAUUGUAAAUGUGCCAAUUAUUACAAAGACACGAUUCGUCUACGAGUUGCCCUUAUAGACGGUCCAAACUUCUUACGACUCUCCGACUUGUCACGUAACUCGAUUUUUAGCUCAGGUUUUCAAGUGGAGGGUGAUCCGGGACAUUAUGUUUAUGACAAGUUUGACGAGUUACCAGCAGCGACAUAUUACUGGUUCUUGGGCCAGGAAUUUAGAGGAGAUAUGAUAACAAGCUACGACGGUAUUUUGCGUUACACAGUGUCACAUGAGAUGAAGCCAGGCGGUGAGCUAACCACCGACACAGACGUUGAACUAAGGGGAAGAGGAAUUGUUGUAAUCUUCCGUCACAGGAGGCCACUCGAGGGUGGAGAGAAGAGGGCGUUCGGCCUCAAACUGUCCGAGGGGUGGCUGAGGUAUCCGGAUGGGUCUCGAGUAACCAGAGAUAUCGUGAUGACAGUGUUGUCAGCUGUGGACAGCAUUUUAGUCCGAGCGACUUACAGUACCACCACAACAAAAGCCAGCCUUUAUGCUGUUAGUCUGGAAACCGGUGUACCCCAAGAAACCAGGUUUGGAAAAGCCGAAAAGAUCGAAGAUUGCGCAUGCCCACCAGAGUACUCUGGAACAUCUUGUCAGCGUUGUGGCAGUGGAUACACACGCUCGUACGCAGGCCCCGAUUUCUCUCCUUGCAUAGCAUGCUCGUGUAAUCAACAUUCGAAAGAAUGUGAUCCAGAAAGAGGACAAUGUCGAAGAUGUGAUCACAAUACUACAGGUUCCCAGUGUGAAAGGUGUGCAGUUGGUUUUUAUGGCGAUGCCACACAAGGAACUCCUAAAGAUUGUCAGCCAUGUCCAUGUCCUCUAACUAUACCCUCAAACCAGUUCAGCCGGAUCUGUAAGGUUGAGUCGGAUGGUAAACCAACUUGCACUGCCUGCCAAACCGGUUAUUCUGGUAGGACAUGUAACAGAUGUGCAAAAGGAUACGCGGGAGAUCCAACAAAACCGGGCCAAAAGUGUGUAAAACUUCCAGCGGGAUUUAUGCCAACUGUAAAAAUCAGGCCAAUGAAAAGAAUAAAGACAGAGAGAGAAGACGCCACGUUCUAUUGCUUUGCCGGCGGAAAAGGAUUACCAAGAACCACAUGGUCUCGACAGAAUGGAAAACCGCUGUCCAGUAGGGCGGUCGUUUCUGGGAAAGUCUUACUCAUAAGGAGAGUGAGAAAGGAAGAUGAAGGAACCUAUGAGUGCACUGCUAGAAGCGUCUACGGCUUUGACACAGCUACAUCACAGUUGAUUGUAAAAGCUCUGCGUGUUGAUCCCAUCACCGUGUCAGUGUCGCCAAAAGUGCUUCGCGUUCCUUUGAACCAAACAGCUCAGUUCACGUGCAGAGCCAAGAGUACCACCGAUUACCAACUGAAAUGGACCCGUGGUAUGUAUGGCGCUCUUCCUGAAGGUGCUGAGAGUGAGAACGGUGUGCUCACGAUUAAAAACACCCGGUCUAUCCAUGGAGGGACAUACACAUGUACUGGUAAAAACGCCUUUAACGAAGACAUGGUGACCGUACAGCUAAGAGUUGGAGUAACAAGGCCCCAGGUCUUCAUAAGUCCUGCCAGCUUGAGUGUCCGAGAGGGAGAUUCGGCCCAAUUUCGUUGCUCGGCUUCUGGUUUUCCCGCACCAGUACUCCAGUGGCACGGUGGUCCUGGCGGUCGACUGCCACCAGAGGCUCAGUCUUCCAACGGGAACGGACUGCUGACGUUUGAUCCGGUGAAAAAGAUACACGAAGGAGAAUACUUCUGUACUGCCUCCAACCUGGGUGGUAUAUCCAGCACGGGAACCUUUUUGAAUGUCUCUGCUCCUGGUAGUGCACCUGUUAUCUCCGUCACACCCAUCACACUCACGGUCUUAGAAGGUGACCAGGCCUUGUUCGAGUGCACUGCAGAAGGGGACCCGACUCCAACUAUUCGCUGGUCACGUCAGAACGGUCGGCUGCCUCCGUUUUCUUCUUCAGAGAAUGGUUUACUGAGUAUUUUCCCUACAAACCUUGAGGACGGCGGUGCUUAUGUUUGCACAGCUGCUAAUGCAAUCGGAGCCGAUGGUGUCUUAGUCACUCUCACUGUCGAAAGAGACACCUCAGUACCUCCAACUGCGGUCAUAUCACCAGCAAACCAAACUGUCGACGAAGGCGCCUCGGUAUUUCUUACGUGCCAGGUCUCGGGCGAUCCUUACCCCUCCAUAGAGUGGAAAAAGGUUGGUGAUGAGUUAACAGACAAUCACGUGAUUAUCGAGGGAUUGUUGCAAAUCCAGGAAGCGACGAAAGAGGACGAAGGAAUGUAUGUGUGUAUCGCACAAAACAAGAAAGGAGUCAAGCAAGCAACAAGCAUUGUAAUUGUCAGAAGUCAGGUGAUGCCAAAGAUAGAAAUCAUGCCUGCAAAAAAGCUAACAGUGACUGGAGGGGACACUGUUGUUUUCCGUUGCGUAGUCAAGGCUGGUAAUCCACCGCCUGCGGUGGUCUGGGAAACAGAGGAGAAUAAGCCGCUAAACAGCAGUAACGAUGGCGUUUUGGUGAUUUCGCCAGCCUCGGGAGAUAGCCAGGGGAAGUACAUCUGCAAGGCAACAAACGUCAUGGGAUCCACUGAGGCUGUCGCUCUUCUUAUCGUUCAAGGUGAACCCAACAUCAUAGUUAGUCCCUCCAGUCCCGUGUCUGCAACAGCUGGUAGAACGGUGAUUCUGGAAUGUGCUGCCGCAGGUGACCCCCCUCCGUCUGUUCAAUGGAUUGCACCGGAGGAUUCUCGAUCCAAUCUUCAGCAGGUAGAAAGCAGGUCUGGCUUGUUCAAACUGAUCAUCGAGGACGCCAGGCCCAGUGAUGAGGGUACAUACACGUGCCAAGCUAGAAACUUGGUGGGGACAGCGCGGGAAAGUGUUCAGUUGAUAGUUACUGUGGCUCACGAAGCUCCAGAAGUUGCGGUGGUAUCUAUUUCUGAAACCGUCAUCGAAGGUGAAAAGGCCGAGUUCCGCUGUAAAGCUUCUGGGAUACCAACUCCGAGCAUCGCCUGGGAGAGACUGGGCUCUGAUCUACCCAACGGUGCGCUUGCUAGGAAUGGUCUGCUGACUAUUCCGUCUGCAGGCCCAGAAGACGCGGGCACAUACACUUGCAAGGCUGUCAACAGCGAAGGAGAAGAUAGUGCUAAUGUCCAGUUAGAGGUCAUAGUUCCUCCUCACGUCGAAGUUACUCCUUCCCAGCUCUCCGUGAAUCAUGGAAGUUCCUUUCGCCUCUUUUGCUUCGUUAGACCGCCACUUCCGGUCAAGUGGUCGAAAGUUAACGGAAGUAUCCCAGCCGGAAGUAAGCAAGACAAGGAAACGUUGAUUGUUGACCAGGUGGAAGUGGAACACACGGGCAAGUACCGCUGUCACGCUAGCAAUGCCGCUGGCUCUAGUGAAAAUUUUACAAGUGUCACAGUGUUUGUUGCGCCGCAAGUAGCGGUCUCCCCGGUGGCCUUGGUAGCCUCGCCUGGGUCGAAUGUUAGUUUCCAGUGCAAUGCAUCCGGCAUACCAGAGCCUGUGAUCACGUGGACAAAAGAAGGCAUGAUCCUUCCAAGAAGGCACCUGGUUGCAAACGAUGUCUUAACUCUGACAGGCCUUGUGGGAUUGGAUGAAGGACGGUACCUAUGCACGGCUACCAAUGCGGCCGGAUUUUCUCAGAAACCUGUCACACUCACAGUGGAAGAUCUUCCCAGUGUGACAAUAACUGGCGGAGCGUCUGUCAAAACUGUACCUGUCGGCGGGGCACUGACACUUGAAUGUCGUGGGACUGGAAUCCCGAAACCCGAAAUUAAGUGGUCCCGUGUUGGUAGUCCCUUGCCAGAAGGAAUAGUUGUCGAAGGUGGAGUUCUGGUUAUCACCAACGCCCAGCAUUCCCAUGGCGGAGCGUAUGCUUGCGAUGCGACCAACAGAGUAGGCUCUGUGCAAUCACAGGUUGCUAUCUUCGUACAAGAGGCUCCCAAAGUCACAGUUACACCACAAAAAUCCCGUGUGAAGAUAGGUGAGCCUGCAGAAUUAACAUGCAUCGCCAGCGGUUCGCCUUCACCACAACUGACUUGGCGUAAAUUGAACGGUUCACUUCCUGUCAAUAGCACUGUACGUGUUGGAGUACUUAGGAUAGCUAACGUGACCCAAGAGGAUGCUGGUAUUUAUUUCUGCGAAGUUUCAAAUGUCGAAGGAACAGCAGAAGGAAACGGAACUUUAGAAAUUAAAGUAACAGUACCAAAGUUCACUCAGCAGCCGCUGUCCUAUCUAAGCCUGCCAACAUUGACUAAGGAGCCCCUUAAUUUCACUGUCGAGAUCGUGUUCGCACCAGAACUGGCAAAUGGCCUCAUAUUAUACAACGAUCAGCUCACCAAAGGAUCCGUGGGAGAUUUUAUAUCGUUUGGAAUGUCAGAUGGAUUUGCCGAGUUUAGAUUUAACCUCGGCUUCGAGCCUGCAAUCAUCAGAAGCCAGCAGCCACUGCGUCGGUUCGAGUGGCACACUGUUAUUCUAUCUCGUGACGAAAAAGUGGGAAAUCUGACCGUUGAUAGCAAGCCACCUGUGACAGGAACUUCUAAGGGGGGUAGUACUGGGCUGAACUUGAACCAAAAUUUGUUCGUGGGAGGAGUCCCUGACUUUUCUUCCAUAAGUUCUUCGUCAGGUUUCGAAUCAGGGUUCGUUGGCUGUUUGAGCUACUUGGUUAUUGAUGGCAAAGUGGCUGAGCUGGGUGAUCCCGUUAACCGAGUGGGCCUGGAAGAUUGUGACGUUUGUGCAACUAGGCCUUGUAAGAACGGUGGUUCCUGCAGGGAAGUCAGUGGAGCCUGGGGCUUUGUCUGUAUUUGCAGGCCUGGCUACUCGGGAAGAACUUGUCAAGGUGCUGGUCAGCGAUGUUCUCCGGGAGUUUGCAAUGAAGGGCGUUGCGAGAAUGUUGGUGAAGACGGUUUUAAAUGUAUAUGCCCUGCAGGCUAUUCUGGAGAAAGGUGUGAAGAAGGAACUCUCAUAGACACGCCCAUGUUCGAGGGUAAUUCCUUCAUGUCAUUCCCCGGUAUCGAAGGCGCUGUUCAACAAUUAAAACUCGCCGUUAGAUUUAUGGUUCAAAGGUCAGGCAACAUGCUCCUGCUGUACAAUGGUCAGCGAAGUUACCCUAGACGAGGAGACUUUAUCUCGCUAGCUAUUAUUGGCGGUAAAGUGGUGUUUAUGUUUAAUCUAGGGAGCGGCCCUGGUAUUGUGCGAAGCUCCAGAAACAUCACCGUAGGAAUGUGGCACACUGUUUUAGUGGAACGUGUUCUUGACUGGAGCUCGCUUACAUUCGAUAGCGAUCCACCUGUCUCAGACUACUCGCCGUGCUGCUUAAAAGGAUUGAACCUCGCUUUAGACUUGUUCAUAGGCGGCGUGGAAAACUUCACAGCGAUAGAUACUCGCAAAGUUGGCGUUGACACUGGACUGGUCGGCUGUAUAUCUGCCGUGUCUGUAGACGACAGAGAGAUUAACUUGAUCAAGUCUAACCUCAAAUUGCGUGACAUCAAACAGUGUACAGAAUGCCUGUUACCUUGUGAAAUAAAACCGUGUCUAAACAAUGCCACUUGCAUACCGAUAGGGAAAACCGCUUAUGUUUGUUCUUGCGCACAAGGGUACACAGGACGACAUUGCGAGUUCACUAUGGUCGGACCGGAAAAGAACAAGACUUGUCUGAAUAGUGGAAUAGCUUUCCCUAGCUCUGAUAGGAUAUGUGCGUGCCGGUUAGGAUAUAGAGGAGAGCGUUGCGAGAGUUUUGUUCAACUUGGCAACAGCGCUUCCUUCAGUGGAGAUGGUUACUUACAGUUCCCAGGAACUCUGAUGCGAGGGCCAAGGGUAGUAAAGCCAGAUUAUAUGUCACUCGAAAUAAAAACCGACGCACCAAAUGGAGUAAUUUUAUGGCAAGGCCAGAGAAGAGACUACUUCGCAAUCGGUUUAAGAGAGGGAUUCUUGGAGUUCAGAUUUGAGCUGGGCUCGGGUCCCGCUGUUCUCCUCUCCUCGUUACCAGUCAACGACGGUCAGUGGCAUACUGUUGAAGUGUUCAGGAGUUACAAAGAAGGUUCUCUCAAGGUGGAUGAUACAGAGCCUGUUAACGGCACAUCAGCUGACGGAAGCCUCGGAUUGAACGUGAAGGGACCCAUACUUAUAGGAGGAGGCGACAACAUUGUGGAAAUGACUUACAGAAAGUUUGAUACUGGUUUUACCGGCUGUGUAAGAAGAAUUUACUUCAAGAGCAGAAGAAUUAAUCUCCAAGCUGAUGCAAGUCUUGGUUGGAACGUGCUCCCGUGUGACAUCAAGAUCGCAGAAACAUGACGUGGUAUUGAAAAAAAUUAAAAAACACGCUGUCUGGUUGGAUGUGCGAUGUGCAACUGAGUCAAUCGUGUUUGGAGACAUCAUUGCUUUGAAGAGAGCCGAUAAAUUGGUUCGUGAGAAACGAUGAGUAAAACGUUUGUAUGUCUGCACGCAUCUGAACUUCCAAGUUACGGGAACAAGUCGUAAUUAUCACACUUAUCACUGCAACGUCUUCAAUCUCUUGUACUGGCUACUCAUAAGAAAACAUUUUACCGUUUUGCCACAACAGUUUGCGAUGUAUUUCCGAUGUCUAUCCUCCAAUCAACAAGUAAACCGCUUGGAAAGUCGUGACGUCACUUUGUAUAAGGUUACGUCACUGGGUCAGGAUACCUCAUGUAACACAUAUCCCGACAACCUGCUGUGUUAACGACGAGGAGUACACAUGGUUAUUUGAUUCAAACUGCUGAGCCAAUUUGGUGAUGGGCUGUCAAUCUGAACCUUCCAACUUCGUCGAAUGCCCUGGUCGCUGAAUAACGCUAAUCUGGAAUCAGAAGAGGCCAUGUUUACUACAGUUAGAACUGCGAGUCAAAGUCAAACCCGCCUAACAUCUAGAGACAAAUGUAUGAAACUAUUACUGAUCGUUAUUGAUAACUGGGUAACUUUCACCGGUGCUUACCAUAAAACCAGUAGCCUACGUGGUCGGGGUUUAAAGUGGAGGGAGAGGGGGAAACUAGCGUGAGGCGCGAUCGGGGGAGGUCGGGGGAGGGACAGGGAAAGUUUCUGUCCCUUCACCACGGUCGCGCUUUGCGCUUCUAGUUUUCCCCACUUCCCCCCAAAAAAAUAGAACAGCAUCUUCCGGCAAUUAUUUAUGGACUUCGUUUUUAGGUGUUCCUUUAAUUCCGGUUGGUAUCUAAGCAUCGGAAAAUUCAGUAUCAUUUGUUUAUCCCCAUGCCCCCCUCUCCUCACAAAAAACGAUAGCCGGCAACUGAGUUAGAAAUGGUAAGCACCAUCUCUUUCGGUUAUGUAUUUUGCUGAUUUCGAAAAACGGUAACCAUAUCGUAUAAACCAAUCAUUUUCAGCGCUAAGCACGUAACUUAAUCCCGUGAAUAAAGCUUAAUUUAGGCAGUAUUCCUACAUACGAAAUGUUUUGUUGCCGAAGAUUAGAUGUAACUGAAUCGUAUAUUCUUAUCCAUUCCCGAGUAAUUUCCUUGUGGAUUUGAGUUUCAGAGCACGCAAGUAGGUAAACACGACCAGUCCAUUUAAUUAACUACUUCGCGUGAAGCCAUAUAGCGUAAUAUAACAGGACAUGUUAAUGUUUAUUUGUCUUCUAGGAAGAUAUCAGUUUAUAUUCUGCUGACUUUGUCGGACUGCUUAUUCUGUAAAAAGCAAAGUGUUGCCUUUCAUAUUUAUAUUGGCUUCUUCGUUAACAGAAAAGUCUAACUAUGUAAUUUGCUAAGUUUAUUUUGUGUUCGAUAACUUGUACACAUUAUAGUCUCGAUAUGAGACAUCGAAGUAUAUGUAACGCAAGAAAACCUCUCGGAAAGUGACCGAUCUACGCAGUAGUCAUAUUUUAGUAACUGGCUCGUGAUUUUGCCAGAAAUAAAAGCCAAAUGUACCUUUAAGCAUGUGAAAA